CCUGCCUACCACGGCUACCUAUUCGUAGCUUGGUAGGUAGUUGGGGUUAGUCGGCGACGAGGCUUCAGUGGUAGACGUCGACAACGUCCUGCGUACGAACCAGCAGCAUCAUUAUCUUCGGACCUCCUCAAUGUCUGCUGCCCUCCCAGACCGCGACCACGACUCCGAACCCGAACAAACGGCACAAACACCCUCACCCCCGACGACGGGUGCAGGGUACCCCUCCCUCCAACCUGCACUGCACCUGCAGAUCCAGAUCGGCCCGGCGUCGCACGUUGGAUCGUUGUCCCGCGGUGCGCCGUUGACGGUCGUACCGUUGGUCUCGGGCACGCUGAGAUCGGAGCCUGGGUUCCCGGUGGACGUGGAUGCGUGGACGAGAGCGCCCGGUGUGGAUUAUGUUCACAAUGACCCGGACGGAAGCCGGAUGAGGUUGAGAAGUGAUCUUGUUGUUGCUGAUACUCGUGGAGAGGAGAUCCACGUGCACUAUACGGGCAUCGUCGACAUCACGAAUGAGAUGCGGAGGAUUCUGGGCCGGAGUGCCAAUGCACGGUCAACGGAUUUUGGACAUUCUUUUAUACAUAUAACAUUCGAAACAGGGGCGAUGAGGUAUAGGGCUCUGGAGCAGGCGCUGUUUGUGGGUUCGGGCAGGUUUAUACUCACUGAUGAAGGCUUGAAGGUGGAGUAUAGGAUAAGUAAAGUGUGCGCUGGGCCUGGCGGUGCCGAGGAGUCUUCGAGCUCGGGUUGAGUUGACUUUUUUAUCAUACCUCGCGGCGUGCAUGCGCCGUAUCAAACGCGCUACUCUGUAUGAAACGAUUCUACAAUAUUGGAUGGGCGGCGUACUGUAUCCAGGUCCAGACUUGACCGAGGCCCAGCGCCAACCAACGCCUUUAAAGUCAAGC